ACAUUGAAAUGGCAUUAACAUCUGCGGCUGGCUUCAUCUCGUUAUUGGAUGAUGAACGACAAGACAUUAAGGCAUUUGCUCUGAAACGCUUGACUGAUUUGGUCGACGAAUUUUGGGCCGAAAUAUCCGAGUCAGUCGACAAGAUUGAAAUACUCUAUGAGGAUACCACCUUUGCUUAUCACAAGGCAGCUGCUCUCCUUGCUUCCAAAGUUUAUUUUAAUCUUGGUGAAUACGAUGAUGCUCUGCAUUUUGCUCUUUGUGCUGAGGAAUUAUUCGAUCCUAAUGCGAAAUCGGAAUACGUCAGAACUAUGAUAACCAAGUGCAUUGAUAAAUACACAUCCAUCCGUGCUGAGGAUGAAAAUAACCCAGGUCAAAAGCUAUCUGCGAAGGACCUAAAAUCAAGUGGGAGGAAAUGGUCUGUUGGUGAUGGUAGCACCUACUACCAACUUGAAACCGUUGUCAAUCGAAUGUUUAACAGAUGUUUUGCGCAUAAACAGUUUAAGCAAGCACUUGGUAUUGCUAUUGAAACAAGAAGAGAGGAUACUUUUGAACAGGCUAUUUUACUGGCGGAAGACCGUGAUGACAUGUUACGAUAUGCGCUCAAAGUGGUGCUUACUCUCGUGGAUAGUGUUAAACUGCGCAACCGCUUGUUGAACAUUCUUGUUCGUAUAUACAGCAAAAAUCCAACACCAGCAGAUUCCGUUCAUAUAUGCCAAUGCCUCGUUUUAAUGGAUGACUCAAAAGCCACUGCUGAAGCCCUUGAAAGUUUGAUUUUAUUGUCCGAAGAGGCGGCCGUCACCGCUUAUCAAAUCGGUUUCGAUCUUUACGAAAAUGCAACGCAGCAGUUUUUGCACCAGGUUUCUGCUGCUCUGUCACAUAGCGAGAAGAUAGGGCAUUUAAUGGAGCGUCCAAAACCCGUUGGGAACGAAGAGGGAGAUACAAAAAAGUCUGAAGAGGGGGCCACUGGUGAGCCUGGUCCUGCUGAACAAUCUUCAGAGGAAGAUCUUAAGACUGAGCUUUCUAGUGAAGAUAAGGCCGUUAAGAAGCGCCUUGAGCUGCUUCAAAGCAUUCUUUCGGGUGAUAAGGUGAUUGAACUGCAUUUGCAAUUCCUUAUCCGCAACAACAAAGCCGAUUUGCGCUUGCUUGAGCGAAUUAAGGAAGAUGUUCGUAAUUCGGUCACCCACAAUGCUACUGUCAUCACCAACAGCUUGAUGCACUGCGGAACUACAUCAGAUCAGUUUCUUCGUGAUCACCUCACGUGGCUGGGCAAGGCUGUCAACUGGGCAAAGUUCACAGCAACUGCUACUCUUGGUGUAAUACAUCGAGGGAACGAAAAGGAAGCGCUUCGUCUUAUGUCAGCUUACCUUCCGAAGGAUUCUAGUGGAUCUUCCAGCAGCGUCUACACUGAAGGUGGGGGCUUGUAUGCUCUGGGUCUUAUCCACGCUAAUCAUGGUGGCGCAAUGACU